AACAUUGCCAAUCGCGAAGUGGAAAAGACAUACACAAUUGAGAUCAAUUGAAAAAAAUUAAAGCUUGUAGAAAUUAGUUUCCUAAUUAAAAUAUUGGCCGGGAGUGAGUUACAAAUUUUCCUUCGGUGCGUGCGUGUGCGUGUGUGUGUGUCAGGGUGAGUGUGUGUGCGUGGAAACUAAAUAAAUUGCACACACAGCAGUUCUAGCACACGGGAAUACACCAGUGUUUAAUUUAAUUACAAGCCAAAAAGCAAAGGCAGGUGUGUGUUUGUGUGCGUGGUCGAUAAAUGUUUAUAUCAAGUGCAAGUUGGAAAACAGCUGGCAAUAAACUAGCCCCGUUUGCAAAGUUCACGAAAACGCUAGUCGCGGCAGUGAGUUAGCGAAAAAAUUGAUUUUCCACGACGAUUGCAGUUUCAGAAAGCAGCGCACAGCUGAAUAGUAAACCCUCGCCCAACACCCCCAAUCAACUGUGCGUGUGUGUGUGCGUGAGUAAAGGAGGGCUGCCCGUAGUUACUGCAGCCAGCUUGUGAUAUAAGGCAGAAAAAAAAAAAUCAAAAUCGCGUCACUGCCGGCGCAUGCAAUGAAUAUUGUCGGGGAAUAUGAAUACAGCUCCAAGGAUAUGCUUGGCCAUGGCGCCUUUGCUGUGGUCUACAAAGGACGUCAUCGCAAGAAACACAUGCCCGUGGCUAUCAAAUGUAUUACCAAGAAGGGACUAAUCAAGGCGCAGAAUUUACUCGGCAAGGAGAUUAAAAUUCUUAAGGAACUAACGGAGCUGCAUCAUGAAAACGUUGUGGCCCUGUUGGAUUGCAAAGAGUCCCAGGAUUGUGUCAAUCUGGUCAUGGAGUAUUGCAAUGGCGGCGAUUUGGCGGAUUAUCUGAGCGUUAAGGGCACCCUCAGCGAGGAUACUGUCCGGCUGUUUCUCAUACAACUAGCUGGUGCCAUGAAAGCACUUUAUACCAAAGGAAUUGUGCAUCGUGAUCUCAAGCCACAAAACAUUCUGUUGUCGCACAAUUAUGGCAAGACUCUGCCAGCACCAUCCAAAAUAACGCUGAAAAUUGCUGAUUUUGGUUUUGCGCGUUUCCUAAACGAGGGCGUCAUGGCAGCCACGCUGUGCGGCUCGCCCAUGUACAUGGCACCGGAAGUGAUUAUGUCACUGCAAUACGACGCAAAGGCCGAUCUCUGGUCGCUGGGCACCAUUGUCUAUCAAUGCCUGACUGGAAAGGCGCCAUUCUACGCUCAAACGCCCAACGAGCUAAAGUUCUACUACGAGCAGAAUGCCAAUCUGGCUCCCAAAAUACCGCAUGGCGUGUCGCCGGACUUGCGCGAUUUGUUGCUCUGUCUGCUGCGUCGUAAUUCUAAGGAUCGCAUAUCCUAUGAGAGCUUCUUCGUGCACCCUUUUCUGCAGGGCAAGAAGGCUGCCGUGUCGCCGGUCGAUAUGCCACCGCUGUCCAGCGGCACGCCGCCCGCCAAGGCCAAGAGUCCGCUGCAGCAGCAGAUGGAGCAGGAGUUGCAGCUGGUUAAGCUGGCCGAGCAGCAGCAAAAGGAGCGUGAGGAACAGGAGGCGGCAAUAGAAGAGGAGAAUACCGUCUCUGUGGUGGCCAAUCCGGCUAUUUGUGCUACCAUUACAAAUGUGGGCGUGCUGUGUGAUAGCGAGAACAACAGUGGCUCCUGCAGCUCUCAUGAGGAUUCGGAUGACUUUGUGCUGGUGUCCAAGAAUCUGCCAGAAGAUCCACGUCAGGGUCAGGGCCAUGCUGUGGCUGCCCAGCCACGUCAGCAGCCAAAUCAGCAGCAACAUCAAUCCAGUCCACCGCGUCCCAGCAGCUUGCCCAUUUCGGAGCCGAAGCCAGUGCCGGCGCCGGCGCGUCGUCAGCUGCCAAAUGCCGUUACUGGUGUUGCCGUUGGCUCUCCUGGCAGACAGGGCGGCAUACCGUUGACAGUGGCCACUCUGGCGGCUGCAGGUCAUCAAAUUCCCCGGUCGCAGCCGAUAAGCGUUAAGCAUCCGCGCGCGGAUCAGCGGAAGAGCAGCGUUAGCAGCGACAUCAAUUCGAUUUCACCGCCGGCCGUGCAGUUUGCAAUUGGCACACCGCCAACCCGGGUGCGUUCCGCAUCUGGUGGCUCGCUGUCGGAGACACCGCCGCCGCAUGCGCCAAGCACAUGGCAAGUAUCUCCCGGACACUCUCAGUCGCCGUUACGCCGCAGCGGCAACAGUUCGCCGGUGCUUCCGUCCGCAGCGCUGACUAAAUUGCCAACGCUGGGUAGUCCCACAUUGCUAGUGGCGCCGGGCUCACUGGGCUCGAUUGGUUCCGCCGGCAGCGGCUCAGAGAACAACAAUCAGCAUCAUAUGUUAGGACCGCGUGCCUUUACACUGCCCGAACUGGGCGCCACCGGCGGCCUACAGAGCCUCCUGGAUACGGCCGGCGGGCCGGGCACUGAGCCGCAUGCAUUCCAGGCACCAGAACUGUCUGAGGAGACACUGAUGGAUCGCGAGCACAACGAAACACUCUCCAAGCUGAACUUUGUGCUAGCCCUCACCGACUGCAUUCAGGAGGUUGCCGAUUCACGCUGUGCGCCGCUCUCCACGCUUAUGGUUGCCGGCAGUCAGACAACCACCGAGCCGCAUCAGAUUCCACCCCAUGCCCCCGAGCACUGCAAGAGAGCGGAGCGUUUGGUGCUACUUGUGCGCGCCCUGCAGCUGCUUUCGUCUGGCCUUAAUUUAGCCUCGCAGCAGCUGCGCAACGGACAGCUGAAACCGUCAUCGAACGUAAAGAACGCGCUGCUCACUAUGAACGCCAAAUAUCGCAGCAUUUUGUUCGAAUCGAAGCGCCUUAAUGGGAGCGGCCUCCUCCAGAAGGCAAAUGCAUUUAACAUAACAGCGGAUAAAAUACUCUAUGACUAUGCGCUGGAUAUGUGCCAGACGGCGGCCCUGGAUGAGCUGCUGAAAAACACCAAGAACUGCUUUGAACGCUACAACACGGCACACAUAUUGCUUCACUCCUUGGUGCAAAAAUGCAAUCAUCCUCAGGACAAAAUGCUGUUGAAUAAGUAUCGCGAUGCCGUUGAAAAACGCUUGAGCAUAUUGCAACAGCAUGGCUACAUCUAUGUAACCGAUGAGAACGCCUAGGGAGCAAACUGGAUCCAUUCGUCGAUAAUUCCUUAAGUUAUUUAACCCAUUCAAGUUGAGCGUACAACAUGUGAUUAAAGCAAAACUACGAGUACUCUAUAUUCAUACAUAAAUAGCAAGAAGUAAUUUAAAUACCUAACAACACAACAUUUCAAGUGCAAGAUAUUAGCAAAGGCUUGGAACGAUUUUAAACAGACAGCCCAACUGACAAUUGUCCAAUGUAAAUAGUUUGGAAUAUGUACGUAGUUUUUGUUUUCCUUUUAUUUUUUAUAUAUAUACAUAAUAUAUAUAUAUAUAUAUUUUUUGUUAAAGCUUAUAAAUGCGCCUGCGCUCGACGCCCAUGUAGUCCCUAAGUUAUGAAUAAUAUAUAAACAAACACAUUACACAUA